CCCAGGGCUCCCACUGUGAGGAGGGACGGCUCCAGGGGACACGUGGUGACCUGAGGUCUGGGGGGAGUGACCUCGGGAACACGAUGGUUUUGUCUGACGCCUCCCAGGCAGGCGGCACCGACCAGGCUGAGCACCUGGGCCGGCCCUCUGUGCCCGGGGCAGGAGAAGGCCCGCAGCCCCCCGGCCUCCCCAUCGGCCCACCCCAGGCCGGCUCAAGGCUCCGGGUUGGUUGGACGGCCACGGCAGGGUCGGUGGGUGGGGAGAUUUAAACUCAGUGCCCUGGUGGCCGAAGAAGGAGGCUGAAGAUGGGACCGGGGAGGCUGGUGCCCACGCUGGUCCUGGCGCUUGUGCUGGCCAUGGGGUCCCAGCCACAGGAACAGCUGCCCAGGGAGGCCCACAGCCUCAACUGGAACAAGUUUUCAGGGUUCUGGUACAUUCUGGCUGUUGCCUCCGAUGGCCAGGGGUUCUUGCCUGGCAGACACAGGAGGAAGCUGGGGGCAUCCACGGUGAAGGUUCACAAAGUGGCCCAGCUGAAGGUGGUCCUGGCCUUUAGCCGGUCACAGGGGUGUCAGUCAUACACGUUAAUUCUUCGGAAAGAUGGGAAGAAGGCGGUGUUCAGGAACACACGUGCGUAUGAUAGCCCGGGGCCCGGAGAGGGAGGCCGGGGGUGGCAGUGGCCCCUGCCCCCCCCCCCCCCCCGGCUUCGUCACCCAGACGCGGGACAGGGUGCCUCUGCCGGCGCCGUCCCCAGACGCCCCUCCGUCCUGGGGAACGUGGGGGGAGAGGCGGGAUGGGUGCCCGGCACACGGGGGCGGUCAGGCGGGCCGUGGCCCCGGGGGGAGCAGGGGGCUCUCCACCCCUCCCGCACGCCCUGCCUCGCUUCUCUCCCGCCCAGUGAAGGGGGUGGAGGGUUUCCACGUGCUGUCCACGGACUACAGCUUCGGCGUGGUCUACCUGCGCCUGGGCCGCGCCGGCCGGACCGCCAAGAUGCUACUGUUCUUAAGCAGACGGAACACGUCCAGCUUCCCGAGCAUGAAAAGAUUCGUAGACAUAUGUGAGACUUUGGAGCUCGCCGACGGUGUGACCGUUCUUCCGAAAGACGCCUCCUGUGCGCACACCAUCCUGCCCUGAGGGCCACCACCUUUACUUUGGGGCUCCGCUCGUGGUCCUCCGAGACCCCAGGAGCGUUCUUCGCGAUUCCGGGAGUUCUCAUCCCGCGGCUUGCUGAGAGGUGUCUGGUGACCCCAGGCCGCUGAUGGGGUGAAGUCCGAGGGCCGUGGCUCUAGCCCAAGAGGGAUCCUUGAUGAUCCUCAGGAGCUGGGGAUAGGAGGGCACGUGCUGGCCGGCAGGGAGAGUCCGGUCCUGGCCCGUCAGCUCGUGCCCUCCAGGUUCCACGGCCGAGAGGGGCUGUCACCUCCUGUCUGCUGGGAAAUAGACCUCGGACCGGUCCAGUGUAAUCCUCGCCGCGUGUCUUCUCUGCAGUGAGUCUGUGCACUGCUCCCUGGGCUCCCCGACACCCCACACUUCCCCAGAAAGCAGCUCACUCCUUCAGGAAACACGUAGAAGCACCCGUGACACGCCAGGCACGUGCUCGCUGCUGGCGAGAGGGCAGUGAGCAAAAUAGGCAAUAGCUUAUUGGAAUUUGGGGACUGUCAGCCUCUGAGAGAGAGGGCCUCGAGCGUCCUAGAUGCCUUCUGUACAGCUGCACAAGGACUAUGCACACCAUAAUUCUUCCAGAGUCUCCACAAAGACAUUACCCUAAUGAGGUGCCUGCAGGAAGAGCUCUUGACCACCUCACACUUUCUGUGCCAGUCUCCCGGCUCGGCUCGGCUGGGAGCCUCAGCCCCACGGUCACCCAGGAGGCCAGGGCUGCAGCCUCAGCUGAGGCUCGACUGGGGCAGGGUCCGCCUCCAAGACCGCGACCGGGCACGUGCUCUUGGCAGGAUUCGGCUGGGACUGGGGGGUCUCAGGACGUCUGUGUCUCAGCCCGGGGCCUCUGCAGGUUCUUGGCCCUGGGCCUCCUGGGGCAGCUCAUGUUAUCUGCUCUUGCUUCGUCAGAGAGAGACACACACACAGACACACAGACUGACACAGAGACAGAGAAUGGACCCGGGAGAAAAGGAACCUGGAGACACCACAGGCUUUCAUGAACCACCUUGGAAGCGACACCCAUCGUUCUAUUCUCUUCCUCAGAACCGGUCACACGGGCCUUCCACCGGGGAGGAGAGGGGAUGUCACGAGGAUACAAGAGGCUGUGUUAGUAAAAGAGGGCACAUGUCGGAGACAGAGACCCUUGUUUGUGCUGUGACACCACAGCCUGACGCCAGCAGGGACACGGCUGGUCCUCCCGUGGCCCAAACAGAAACCGGGAGAUGCAGAAGGCUGGAUGGUCACACCACAGAGGGGAGAGCAUCCCUCACG